AAGAGUCCCCAUGAUCUCCGAUUUCUGUCUCUCCGUCGUACUUGUUUAUUCGUUCAUUUCGUCUCUGCUGUUUUCUUCCUUCGCCGGGGACCGGGACUUGGUGUUUCCGGCGAGCACCCGUUCUCCCCAUUUUCAGAUUUCGGUGGAGAUCUAAUUGGGCGGGAUGAGCGCGUCAGGAGCUACAAGCUCGGGGAGCAACGGGGCGGCCGAUCCCUCUGGCCCCAGGCGCAACUCCAAGAGGCCUAAGUAUUCAAGGUUUACUCAGCAAGAACUUCCUGCUUGCAAACCUAUUUUGACACCAGGAUGGGUGAUCACAGCUUUCACAUUCAUCGGUGUGAUCUUCAUUCCAAUCGGAGUUGCUUCAUUGUUUGCAUCACGUGGUGUUGUUGAAAUCGUGUACCAAUAUGAAACUGCUUGUGUUCCUCGUAACUGGACAGGGAAUGAGCUUAGUUUCAUCCAAAAUGGCAAUGCUGACAAGACCUGUACUGCAAAGUUGACCGUGCCGAGUAAGAUGAAAGCACCUGUCUAUGUGUAUUAUCAGCUGGAUAACUUCUACCAGAACCAUCGCAGGUAUGUUAAGAGCAGGAACGACAAACAGUUGAUGAGCAAGAAAUAUGAAAAUACUACUACUAACUGCGACCCUGAAGCUAAGGGUUCAAAUGGCCUUCCUAUUGUUCCUUGUGGUCUCAUAGCUUGGAGCUUGUUUAAUGAUACAUAUGGGUUUUCAAUCAAUAGCAAAUCCUUGGAAGUCAAUAAAAAGGACAUAUCUUGGAAGAGUGAUCGUGAUCAUAAAUUUGGAAAGGAUGUUUAUCCAAAGAAUUUUCAAAAUGGAGGUCUAAUCGGCGGUGCAAAACUUAAUGAAAGCAUACCUUUGAGUGAGCAAGAAGACCUUAUUGUCUGGAUGCGAACAGCAGCCUUGCCAACCUUUAGGAAGUUGUAUGGGAGGAUAAAUGUUGAUCUCAAUGAAAGUACCACGAUAGAUGUGGUCAUACAAAACAACUAUAACACGUACAGUUUUGGUGGCAAGAAGAAGCUGGUGCUUUCCACUACUAGUUGGCUUGGUGGAAAGAAUGACUUCCUUGGUGUGGCAUACCUUACUGUUGGUGGGUUGAGCUUCUUCUUGGCUCUGGUCUUCCUUGUGGUAUAUCUUGUCCACCCAAGGAGUCUGGGAGACCCAAACUAUUUGUCUUGGAAUAGAACACCAGCAUCCCAUUGAAGACCAUUGUGCAGUGUUUCCCAGUUCGUGGGCCUCUCUUGCUAUGGACGGUUGGAUGGGUAAAGGUGUACUUUAUAUAUUUUUUUGUAACGCUGAAACACCAUUAUCACAUGUGUAAAGGAAAAGUUCUAAUCUUAUAAAUCCUUGUGAAAAACUUUGCGCUUCUUUGAUAUACAAACUGCCAAUUGUACUCAUGACAUGAGGCGGCCAUCCAGUUUAAUGAGGCCUAAUUUCUUUCAUGUA